AUGAUGCAUAGACCUCAUCUUCCCGGCCAUACUAAGGCCAAAGAUGGCCAGCGGAAGGUUUCCCCCCCGGGCCCGACUUAUAUGUCCAGCGAUCAGUUCGCAAACUAUCUGAAAGACUUGCGAACGAAUCGACCAGUCCGUCCGAGUGGAUCUAGACCCUUUCCGACAAGAGCAGCCGGAUCAGGCUCAACCCCUCGAGAGAAUCUCCCUCCUCGGGCGUCGUCGUCAAUGUCAAUGUAUGGACACCCCAGCACCCAGCCUACUGCGCCCGAGGCAGAGCGACCUCGUGCCAGCAGCUCUCUGUCAACCCAUCGCCCAUUCGACCCACACCUCUCCUUGGGGAGCUCAGCUGGGCGUCCGUUGGUACAGGAACCAAGAACGGUGCCGAUACGCAAGAAUGUUUCACCGUCGCAUGUUUUCACGCGCCCGUCGCCUCCAUCUCCCAAUGCUGUUUAUCGUGAAAGUGGUCAGCGGCGGGUAGAAAAGGAGGAAGCACGCUCCUUGCGGGAUGCGCUGGAGGAAUUGGACUUGCAUGAUGAGGUCCGUCUCCAUCAGGCUGCACAAGACGAAGCCACGGAGCUAGUCUGGAUGCAUCAGAACCCCGGUGUGCCAUACAAAAACCCAUAUGCGCCGUAUCAUAACCCCGACCUGGAUAGGUCAUCUCAGUCGCCAGAGAGCGCUGGCCGCUCCCACAGCCAAAGUGACAAAUCUGGCGGGCCAAUGAAUAAUCAUCAACCCACCUCAGAAAUUGACUCGGCAAGCAGUCCUACCAAGUCCUCGUCGCCGCGGAAGAACGUCAGAGUCGACUUUGCGUUGCCUGCCGAGGAAUCGCCCUCGAAAUCUAGCGGCGGCCGGAGCGGUUCUUGUCUUUCGAGAUUCGGUAGCGAGUCAUCGAAAGGGAUCUUCAGAAAUCCUCAUGACUCGAUUUAUGAGGAACCCAAAGACCCUCGUGGUCCCGAGGAGGAUGGGCGACCGGAAUUUUCCAGAUCCGACUCAUCAGCUCUCAGAGCAAAGCCGCGCAAUGCUCUGCCGCGAGGCUCUCGUCCCCUCCCGGGAAGACUAAGCAGUCUUCCGUUCGUUGACAAGUUGGCGCGGUUCGAGCUACAUAAGCAACUUCCAACCCGAUCAAGAAAUCCGGAAUAUAGGACGAACGAUCCACUCCCGCAAGCAGCCCCGGAUGAAGACGCAGACAAAGAGCAGGCCGUCCAGGCCGUUCCUACGAAGAACGGGAUUGAGAUUCGCAGCGAAGACAUCAGGGCGGCUACAAGUAAGAAGCUUAGAGAUCGAAGCACAAAGCUACCUAUGCCCACAGCCGUCAGUAAUCGCGCUGGCCGGCCGAUCGUGAGCUUCGACCCGGCUUGGAAGCCCACCGAGGCCCAAUCCCCGCAAAAGCGUGACAGCCUGAGGCAGGAUUCGGCCUCCCCAACACCACCACCGCAGCCUGCUGCACCUACUAUUGAAGUAUCCGAGCCGCCACCGAUACCGGUCAUCAAUGUUCCGGACGAGAAGGAGCCCACCAUUUCGGAGAUGGCAGCACCGUCUCAAAAGGAAAGGGGAGGUAGUAGGCCUCUACCAGAUCCAGCGAGCACAAAGCACCGCCCGCAAUCAUCUCCUCAGAAACAUGCGCUGUCCUCACAGAAACUCUGGUUGUCAACGUAUACGCGCUCUGGAGUACCAACAGCGAAAUGCGAGUGCUGCUCGCUUCCCAUCGCAGGAAAAAUCGUCACAGCCGCGGGGGCUCGCUUUCACCCAGAGUGCUUUGUGUGCCACCAUUGCCAUACGCCCUUAGAAUGUGUGGCCUUUUAUCAGGAACCCGAUGCCAAGCGCAAUGAGCGAUUGGCGCAGGCGCCAAGUGACGACGAGGAGGCGCGUGUGUUGCGCUUCUAUUGUCAUCUGGAUUUCCAUGAGAUGUUCAGCCCCAGGUGCAAGAGCUGCAAGACCCCGAUUGAAGGCGAGAUUGUCGUGGCAUGCGGGGCCGAGUGGCAUGUUGGUCAUUUUUUCUGUGCCGAAUGUGGUGAUCCCUUCGAUUCGAACACUCCUUUUGUGGAAAAGGACGGGUUCGCGUGGUGCCUCCAAUGCCAUUCUCGGCGCACCGCGCCUCGAUGCCUGGGCUGCAAGAAGCCUGUCCUGGAGGAUGUUGUGAUCAGCGCCAUCGGAGGCCAAUGGCACGAUGAAUGCUUCGUCUGUCACGAGUGUGGCGACGGUUUCGGACCCGACGGACGGUAUUUCGUGCGAGAGGGCGAGCCCAAGCGAACGGCCAAAGGUCGGAUCAUUGGGGGUCCGGUCCAGUUGGCUGUAUGUGAGCGAUGCGAGAGCAUCCGACUCAAGGCAUCACCCAAGUGA